UGUUUUAUAAUAAAUGCAAUAAACAAAAGUAGUAAAUUAAACAUGAGCAAUUUGUUAAAUUUUGCGCUAAGGCAGGGCGUCAAUUUAUUUAAGCGACACACAUUGCAAAGCUUUCGCUUAGCGGUGCCUGUUAAACUCGCGAAUUUUACACCAGCCAGAACAAUCUCAGCCACCGUCCCCAAACGAGCACUCGAUGUAAACACUAAUGUGACCAAGGAUGUAGUGCUGUUCAAGUAUGAAAAUCCCAAAUUUUACAAGAUGCUCAACGUUUUUGGAGUCUGUCAGUUCGUAUUUUGGACUUAUCUUUCGCACUUUGCCUUUACGACACUGAGAGAUGCGCCUGUGGCUGAAAAGCCAGGCGAGGAACUAAAAUGGUAUCAACGCAUUAAUUUGGGCGAAAACAAGUAUAAGAAUGGCAUUACCGCAUGCAGCUUUUUAAUAGGAUAUGGCAUUCUCUUUGCGGUUUGGAUGUUUACCCUGCGGUCUGUGCGUUUUCUAAUUUUACGCAAGGGUGGCCAAAGUGUAUCCUUUGUCACUUAUGGACCAUUUAAUCGCAAUCGUAUCAUUACUGUACCUCUCAAGUGCAUCUCUGCCGAGGAAUCUCGAGAGCUCGCCAGAGUACAACUGCCCAUUAAAGUGAAGGGAAAGACUUUAUACUACGUGUUGGACAUGCGCGGCGAGUUCCGUAAUCAACAAUUAUUUGACCACACAGCUGGAUUAAAGCGUCGCAUUUAAGAUCUUGUUUACUUAUUAUAUAUUUUUACUUGUAAUUUGUAAAUA